AUGGAAUUACAAGAUCCUAUCUCGCUUCGAAGACCCAUCAAAAGUCGAUAUCCAACCUUUCGGGAAUAUUGCAGACAAGCUGGACCAAAUCCGGGCCUCGCAAAGGGCAACAGAGCAUUGCAGAGACAAAAUAAACAGAUUCUCGCCCUGCAUCGUGACCGUAAGAUAGCUGUGGGUGGUAGUGCUCUGUUAUCUGGGCGUGUUCAGGGAUGGGGAUUUUUAUUGAAGGGCGGUAACCAUAUCAGCAUGGCAUUCAGUAUUUUUGAUGGUUUUGCUCUUGUUUUUUGUCUGACCACCGGGACCAAUACUUGUCUACUAGACAUCACAGAAAGAUAUGACCAUCAUAAAUGCGAAUUAAAUUUCUUCUCCCAGACAAGCAAGCACCUGUACCUGCUAUUUAACCACGAACUAUAUAAGCGAAACCCCACCAAGCGUCCAAAUAACUUUGCUUUGGAAUGGGCAGCGCAACACAGUUAUGAGAAAACAGCUCAAAAGGCCCUCAAAGCAGGUGCUUCGCCAUUCCUAAAAACUUGCACUAACAGAACUCCAAUACAAGUGGCCACAAUAGAAGGCCACGAUGCUAUUGUGCGUCUAUUUCUUGAGGGGGUGGAUUUCAGCAAUGAAUAUUGUUGGGACUAUAUACAUGGGCCUCUGGUUUCCGCAGCAAAUAAUGGACACGGAUCUAUUGUUCAACUGCUGGUAACAUAUGGAGCUCCUGUCUACAAGUACGAUCCCGAGCAAGCACGUUACCCGGUACCACUGGGGCUAGCUGUGGAGUAUAGAGGGGACCUGGAUAGCAUCAAGCACCCUACAAAAUCCCAUAACCAUGAACAGAUGUAG